AUGGCCAUUUCCACGCCUCCCCUGAUCCCAUCUGAUUUUGCCGCCGCUUACAGUUCAGUCGGGCGGAGGGCGAGGGGCGAGGCCGGGCUGCUGGUGGAGGGGCCGCUACCUGGAGCAGCCCCAUUGAAAAAGGAGCGGGGGCGUAGAACGUUGCCAGCGCCAGGGUUCCACGGGAAGAACGCUGGCGGCCGUCGCGUUCCAUCCCGUGGAACGUUGGCGGCCGCGGGGUUCCAUCCCGUGGAAUGCUGGCGGCCGUCGCGUUCCAUCCCGUGGAACGUUGGCGGCCGCGGGGUUCCAUCCCGUGGAACGUUGGCGGCCGCCGUGUUCCAUCCGUGGAACGUUGCCUCCGCUGCCCCCGGGAUUUGCCCGUGCAGGGAACCGGAGGAGGAGAAGGAGGAGGCCUCGCUUUGCAACAUCUGUCUGCUUCUGCUGCUCCCGGCUUUGAAGAUGGAACAGUUGUUUGAAUCCGACGCGGUGUUCAAUGAGCUAUGGACUUGCAUGCAGUCCAGCAAAGAUUUUGAGGAGGAACUUCAUAAGGACCUGACCCUGGAGACCUUUGACCUUCCUUUCUCAGAGGAGGGCAGUGCCCCCCAGGCCGGCGAGCACAGCAGCGAGGCCACAAUCCUCCCCUCCACCUCCGCCGUCCCUUCCACUGAAAACUACCCUGGCGAGCACGGGUUCGAGUUGGCGUUUGAGCCGUCGGGGACCGCCAAAUCCGUCACCUGCACCGUACGGAGCUGGGCAGGGGGGUGGAAGUGGGGCAGGGGAAAUGAUCUAUUUAAAAAAAUAAUAUUAUUUUAAAAAGAAUAAUGGGUUGGGGUACAUUGAGGACCGGAUUUA